AGUAGACACAGUUCUUCAAAUCUCACCCAAAAAAAAAUUUCUACAAAAAAAAAAUUUGUGAGCAAAUCCACAAUCUAAUUUAGCUAUGGCAAUGGUGAUGGACCUCUGUUUUCCUAGCUUCGAAUCUUUCGAUUAUACCACGACCACGACAACCUCGUCCACGGACGAGGGCUGCAACUGGAGCGACUGGUCGCCGGUGGUCGACUGGAACGAGAUCUCCGACGACCAGGAAGACUUCCAAGACCUCAUCGAUUCAAUGAUCGAUGAGAAUGUUGUGUUUCACCAAUCGAUUAGGACUAUUAAUGAUGAUGAUCAAGUUAAUGAGGAAGAGUACAACAAUUCAUCCCCGGAGUACAACAUGGCGAUGCACGACGAGGCCGGCUCGGCCGAGGACUCGAAGGGGCUCCGCCUCAUCCACCUCUUAAUGGCCGCGGCCGAGGCGAUGGCGGGCCGGGACGAGUGCCGCGGAUUGGCCAGGGUGAUAUUGGUUCGGCUCAAGGAGUUGGUGUCGCCAACCGACGGCACCAACAUGGAGAGGCUCGCGACCUACUUCGGCGACGCCUUGCAGGCGUCGCUCGACGCUGGCGCCAAGGGCAGGCCUGCCCCCGGCGCCGCAGAGCACCAACGGGCGGACGUGCUUGCAGCGUUCCAAUUGCUGCAAGACAUGUCCCCUUACGUGAAAUUUGGGCAUUUCACAGCCAAUCAAGCUAUAUUGGAGGCGGUGGCUAAUGACAGGAGGGUCCACAUAGUGGAUUAUGACAUCAUGGAGGGGAUCCAGUGGGCCUCACUAAUGCAGGCGCUCGUCUCGAGGAAAGACGGCCCGCCGGCCCCGCACCUCCGGAUCACCGCCAUCUCUAGGAGCGGGACCGGCCGCCGCUCAUUCGGCACCGUCCAGGAGACCGGGCGGCGCCUGACGGCCUUCGCGGCCUCCAUCGGCCAGCCGUUCUCGUUCCACCAGUGCAGGCUGGACGCGGACGAGACGUUCAGGCCGGCCUCUCUGAAAUUAGUGAGAGGGGAAGCGUUAGUGUUCAAUUGUAUGUUGCACUUGCCACAUUUUAGUCACCGGGCCCCGGAUUCGAUCACAUCAUUUCUGUCCGGGGCCGGGACACUGAACCCGAGGUUGAUUACGCUCGUGGAGGAAGAGAUGGCCCCGCCGAGCGAAGGGGGGUUCGUGGGCCGCUUCAUGGACUUGUUGCACCAUUUCUCGACCGUGUAUGACUCGUUGGAGGUGGGAUUCCCGAUGCAGAGCCGGGCACGGGCUUUAGUGGAGCGGGUGUUCCUGGGGCCGCGGAUUAUGGAGUCGGUGGCGCGGAUAUACCGGGGCCGGGAGGCGGAGGAAGGGUGCUCUUGGGGGAAGUGGUUGGGUGCGGUUGGUUUUCGUCCGGUGAGUAUAAGUUUUGCCAAUCAUUGUCAAGCUAAAUUGCUAUUGGGACUAUACAAUGAUGGGUAUGGAGUUGAGGAAUUGACAACUAAUAAAUUAGUUCUUGGAUGGAAGUCAAGGCGCCUACUUUCUGCCUCUAUUUGGACCUCUCAAGAUUGUGAUUUGUAA